GAACCAAGCGAGCAAUAAUACAAGCUAGCACCAAGUAGUAGUUGCUGGCUCUCCAACAGCAGCAGCAGCAGGCAGUAGAAGCUGCAGAGACAAGAUAGAUCGAGGAAGAAGGCCGCAUUUCGAGCUAGCUUAGCUAUAGAGAGCGGGCGCAGCUAGCAAUGGCGAAGCAGCAGCAGGAGGUGUACUUCGUGUUCAUGAACUUUGACCCCGUGUACGAGCGCCUCAGAGCUGAGCGGUCGUCCAAGGAGGGGUCGGCCACGCUGGACGCGUACCUGAGCCACAAGCACGACAAGCUGCUCGCCAAGCUGCUCCAGCCUGACUCCUACCGGAAGAGGUCGUCGCUCGCCAUCGUCGAUGGCUUCGCCGUCGAGAUAACCGAGGAUCAGGCAAGCGUUCUGAGAUCGGCCAAGGAGGUGAGGGUGGUGGAGAAGAACCAGGAGCUCGCAUGAUACGAUGAUCUACUUCUCAGUCAAACCGGCCGGCCGGACGGGACGGACUAGUUUUAUCUGUAGAUGCUCUGGCACGCACCGAUCAGCUGGUAGCUAUGGCUAUAUUUAUACAUAUAUAUUGUUUAUUACUAAGGUAAUAAGGUAAAGGAGAGUGGUCGUCGUCGUCGAGUUGUUCCUAGCUAUAGCCUAUAGCUACUUAUAUAGCUAGUCAAUCGAGUGUUAGUUGUGAGUGAGUGUGUGUGAACUCCCAUGCAUGCAUGCAUGCAUGCAUAUGGCUUUGUUGACUGCCUAGUCAAACUUAGCUGCUGCAAGUAGUACUGAGUACUGCCCUAAUAUGUAUAAUAAUAUAGUUCUUCGCUAGCUAUAGGGCCUAAUGAUCAUCAGAGGAUCGACGACUUCGAGACGACUAUAUUAUUGAACUCCAUCCAUCUGUAAUGGCCGUGAUUUGUUCUUCAGUCAUGCAUGUACGGCCUGAGUAACCACUAUUCACAAAUUAAUGUGCAUCAAUGUGAACUCACGUACUGUGAUUUUGGAUGUUAA